AUGUCGAUCGAUGCAUAUGACAAGUAUUUCAAGGAGGGUCGGAAGAUUGUGACGGUGAAAGAUGUGGAACCUGAGAAGUUUAUUUCCGCCUUCUCUCAGCACUUGAAACGUCAAGGUCGCUUUGAACUUCCGAAGUGGGCAGACGUGGUGAAAACCAGCAAGGCCAGGGAGUUGCCACCUUCAGUUCCUUGGAUGCACUGGGGACGAGGGAAAAGUGCGACCGAGUGCGGUGUGACGUUAUUGUUGUGUUUUUUCCUUCUUUUUUCAGGUGCCACCAGAAGACCAACAUGA